AUGCCUGAACGAGUGCACACUUUUCAGGGUCAAAACUUCCACAAACUGAGGCGAGCCUGCCUGCGUCGAGGUGCGCUCUUCAAAGAUCCUCUUUUCCCCACCACCGCUCAGUCCCUCUUCUAUAAGAGGGAGCCCCCGCCGGGCCUGACCUGGAGGAGGCCCAGGGAGAUCUGUAAGGACCCCCGUCUGUUUGUCGAUGGCAUCAGCACUCGUGACCUGCACCAAGGCAGUCUGGGUAACUGCUGGAUGGUUGCUGCCAUUUCCUGCUUAGCAUCAGAGCCGUCCCUGUGGAAGAAGGUGAUCCCUGACCACAUGGAUCAGGAGUGGAAUCCAAAGAACCUCAACCUGUACGCGGGGAUCUUUCAUUUCCGGUUCUGGCGCCUCGGCAGGUGGUUGGAUGUCGUUGUGGACGACCGCCUGCCUGUCAGCAGGGAUGGAGCGCUGCUCUUCUGCCGCUCGGCUACACCUCGGGAGUUUUGGAGCGCCCUGUUGGAGAAGGCCUACGCAAAGCUGAACGGUUGCUAUGAGGCCCUUGAGGGAGGAAACACUGCCGAGGCUCUGAUCGACUUCACUGGAGGGGUUUCGGAGCCCCUAAGUCUGGACCGAAAGGCCCUCACACGGCACUGCGAACAGAGGAGGGCGUUCUUCCAGACUCUGGCUAAAGCACACGAACGCAAAGCCCUCAUCACCUGCUCCAUACGGCCGGCAGAGGGGGAGUCGGUGGAGUCAGUGCUGGAUUGCGGUCUGGUGAGAGGACACGCCUACGGGAUCACAGCGGUGAGAAAAGUGAGGCUGGGAGAGACGCUGCAGAAGAAUGGCGAGGUGUGUCGACUCUUCAUGGUGCGCAUGAGGAACCCGUGGGGGACCACAGACUGGACGGGUGCCUGGAGUCAGGGGUCGCAGCAGUGGCAGCAGAUGAGUCGGGCGGAGAGGGAGAAGACGGGGCUUAUUGUUCGGGACGUUGGGGAGUUCUGGAUGGAUUUCCAGGAUUUCUGUCACUACUUCACAGAUGUCGUCGUUUGCCGGCUGGUGGAGAGGACUCUGCUGUGGCCACGCUCUCAUUGGAGAGAAGAGCGCUGCUACGGGGAGUGGGCUCUUCCUCCCAUUUCCUCAACAAACCUCCAACCUGCCGUCCUCCAUGUCAGCCACCAGCAGAGUCUGGGGAAGAGCAGCGCCAAACCUGGAGGGACCAAACAGCGAGGAAACAGGAAAGAGGCCAGACUCGGGGAGAGUCAGCAGCAGGGUGGGAAGAGAGAGAGACGAGACAUGGCAGUGAAGAAAGCGAGAGAGGAGGAUGAUGGAGGAGAGCAGGGAGGAUGGGAGGCACAGGUGGAUAAGAGGAGUCGAUGUGGAGGAUGCAUCAACCACAGGGACACUUUCCUGCACAAUCCACAGUUCAUGUUUGAGGUGACAGGCAAAGAGGAGGAGAUGCUGAUCUGUCUGCAGCAGGAGGACAGGAGGAUAUGGAGGAAGGAUGGAGGAGGAGAAAACCUGCCGAUUGGGUUUGAGGUGCUAAAGGUGGAGGUGAACCGCAGCAGCAGGGUGCAGUGUGUGGUGGAGCAGGCAGCCAGCUCCGUCUACAUGGUCCGCAGUGUGACGCUGAGGGGGACCCUGGCUCCUGGUGGCUACGUCGUGCUGCCCACCACCUUCUUGCCAGGAACCACUGGACGCUUCCUGCUACGUCUCUUCUCCCAUUCAUGCAUACGACUCAGGGAACUAAAGGAGGACUUGCCAUCUCCCUCCGUCUUCCAUUGUUUUCUACCUCAACCCUCAGUGGUGACCACAGUCCAUCUCCGCAGGGCAACUGGAAUCAACUAUCCCAAACAGUCAGCUCCUGAUGUUUAUGCAGUUGUGCGCUGUGAGAAUGACACCAUACGAACACGAGUUUUCAAGGCAGAGGGAAACCCUGAAUUCAACCUCAGAGCCAUCUUCUACAGGAGACGCCCAAACACACACAUCUCUAUAGAGUUAUGGAGCCGAGGUCUGCUGUGGGACUCGGUGCUCGGCGGAGCUCGGCUCAAGACGGCCGAGUCUGAGAAAAGUCGGAGCCACGUGGUCGAUCUACGACGCGGCCAAUCACGUUCAGGACACAGAGGGUGUGUUUAUGUUGAGACGUCCUCCAGCGUCUGUCUCACAGACUUAUGACAAAAACAAUAUGUGGUCACUAUGCAGUCCUCUCAGGUGCUUUCAAAGAUACAGGACAAACACUACACUCGUUCCUAGGAAUAUGAACAACAACGGUGCUGCUUCUUUACACUAAAACUGGAAGAAAUAAAUCUCAGGGCAGUUUGAAAUGGAGUAAAUUAACUUCAUUUUAUCCAAACAAUAUUUUGUGGUGAUCUGCUGGUCAGAUAAACAGGUGCACAUCUUUUCUGACAUCAGCAGUCAGAAAAAGUCAGUCAAACUGCUGCCAAAUUACAUAUUUUUUUGUGUGUAAUCAUUUUAAGAUCAGAUCUGCUGUCUAAUGUUUUCACUUACUGCUGGAGUUCUGUUCCUUUAAAUUAUACGAUACUGUUCUUUACAUUGUGCUUUUAAUGAUUAUUAAUGUUACUUGUAUGCAGGGUGUGUCCAGAGGGGUAUCCAGGGGUGACAUGGGCCCCCCUUGAAAUCUAGUUGGCCACCCCAGGAGCCACCCCUAAACAAUGAUUGGCUUUUUGACUUGCCAGACGUAGGCAAAAAUGAAUGAUAUUGGCUUUGGUGUAACAGGCUGCUAGUAGUUUCGUUACUUUUACAUGUAGCACCUUUUUUUGUAAAUAUUUUAAAUUGUAGAGAAAUACCCUCCACAGCCGUGGCUCAGAGGUAGAGUGGGUCAUCUCUCAACCAGUAGUUCGGGGGUUCAAUUCCCAGCUCCUGCAGCAACAUGUCAGAUGUGUCCUUGGGCAAGGCACUUAACCCCAAGUUGUUCCUGCUGCUUCAGCUGCAGCGUAUGAAUAGGAUUAGUUAAUAUUGAUGGUCACUAUACAUAACAACCUCUGCCAUCAGUGUGUGAAUGUGUAGGUGUGACCUGUGGUGUAAAAUCCCUUUGAGUAGUCAAGAGACUAGAAAAGUCCAUUUACCAUUUACCACUUCUAUUUCAUAACACAGGAAAAUUUAAACAGUUGUUUGCAUGUUUUAAGAACUUUAAACUGUGACUUUUGUCAUGCAUCCUAUUUAUGAGUACCUGAAGACUUGAGCUAAGAAGACCUUAAAACUGCUGCUCUAUUGUGUCCCUUUUUAAAGUUAGGAAAUGAUACAUAGGACAUUUAUUCGCUUUUUAUUUGUUCGUUUGUGCACACAAACUUCAGGCCAGCCCUGCAUAAGUCUGAGUCUCUUUUGGGCCACCCCAGUUGAAAAAGUCUGGACACGCCCCUGCUUGUAUUCUUGAAUCUACAUGAAAAAAUAACUUUUGCAAUUAUGUUUAAAGAAACGUUUUUUGAUGUAACUUUCCUUUUUAU